AUGUGCUUAGGUUUGUUCAUAUUGUUUUGUUAUUUCAUUUUUACUAAUGCAACACACUUCAAUGGAGGAACUAUUGGAUGGGCUCCUGUUGAUCCUUAUGAUAAUUCCACUUCAGUUAAAAUUACUAUUACACAAUCUUAUUCAUGGACAUAUCCAUAUAUAAAAUGUGCCAAUAAUGUACCGAUCUCGACAAGUGCAUUUGCUAGUGCCAACACUAACCUGACUUGUGUAGUUGAUUGUUCAACUGAUGGUAGUUAUUCUAGUGCACCGAUUAAUAUUCUCACUGACUGUGCAUCAACUAGUUCAUCAUUGAAAAUGAUGACAAGUGAAAAAUCGAAAAAUGUUACUCUCUCUGCUGGUGCACAUUUUUAUUUAGCUUAUAGAGGAAGUGCUUGGGUAGGAUUAAAUGAUCCUGCUGAAAAAAAUCUUGACUGGUCUAUAGUAACAUACAUUGAUCUUCGGAAGCGAUCAGAUGGUUUCAUUAAUACUCCACCUGUUGCUAAAGUUGUUUCUCCACAAUAUGCUAUUGUAAAUAAAACAAUACAAAUAAAUAUUCCUGUUUCGGAUGUCAAUGCUGGUGAUGAUGAACGUUGUCGAUGGUCGACAUAUACAACGGGAUAUCGAAGACGAAAACGAUCGCAUGAAAAAGAAAAUGAAAACCAAACUAAAGACCGAGAAAUUAUUCAUAUUAGAAAAAAAAGAGCUUGUGCUGUUAGCUGUUGGUUAAGUUGUUCUUGUAACGAUUCUGUUUGCUCUGGAACUGAUUGUAGUGGUUUGACAUGUAAUAAAUUUAUUUGUUCGUCUACAGCAGCUACAACAACUGGAAUCAUUACUACAACCGAAACUCCAGGAACACCAAAAUCGACUUCAACGUUUCCAGUUCGUCAAGCGGUUGACGAGUGUGCCGAUAUUUGUUAUCCAGAUAGUGUACCUUCUGGUACAAGUCUGUCCGACUGCACUGUCACAUUUACGGGCUAUAAAGCUGGUAUAUGGUAUGCAGUUGCUAUUCAAGUUGAAGAUUUUAUCGAUAGCACGAGUAUGAUACCAAUGAGCUCAGUACCAGUUCAAUUUUUGAUAUAUGUUCAAUCACAACCAGCUUGUUCAAAAGAACCAAUAAUCAUUCCUCCAGAUCGUUGUCUAGAAGUACAAGUUGGUAUCUCAAUCAGCUUUAAUCUAUCUGCAAUGAAUUUAUGUAAUCCAAGUGUGGCUACACUAACUGAUAUUCUAGUUUCAAGUGGAAUUACUAGUAUGACUCAUGGUAAUCUCACACAAUCAUCGACAAAUUCAUCGAUCUACUACAUGACAUUCACUUGGACACCACAAACAAAUCAAGUAGGAUCGCAGCAGUUAUGUACAACUGCGUACACAAGUGAAAACUUACAAUCUGAUCAAUAUUGUGUUAUAUUUACUGUAAAAAAUUCAUCUGAUACCUGUGUAACAACUGCUACUUCCAUGUCAACAACUACAUCUACUACAACCACUUCCACAACAACAUCAACAACCACUUCCACAACAACAUCAUCAACUACUUCCACAAUAACAUCAUCAACAACUACAACUAUAACAAUAGCUAGCAGUACGACAUCAACAACUUCUACAAUAUCGAUUACUACGUCACUUUCACAAAUAUCCAACAGUGAAUCACUCAAUUAUCUUUCUCUUGUUCUUGGAUUAGGUUUAGGUCUUGGUAUUCCACUAAUGUUCUUCUUAGGGGCCGUAGCGAUCACAUUACCAGACGAACUUAAACUUUAG